AUGGAGCUUCACUCAGAAGAUUCCACGGAACUUGCUUCGGAAGAACCUUCUGAGCUGACCGAACUGAUUCUUAACCCUGAAAUUACCGAAGCACCCCUGUCUGGUUCUCUUAUCAAUGAAGAAGCAGGACAUAGAAUUCUACAGGAAAUUGACACCCAGGCACCCACUGACCUUGGUUGCGAUACCUACAACAUGCCUUCGAUGCCCACGUCCAUGCUGGCUACUUUGCCUCUUGCUGAGAUUGAAUUGGACUUUUCGAAUCAAGAUGUUACAUUUGGGCUCGAUUGGCCGCAAAAUAACACUAUGGAUAACGUAGGUCAGCUUGAUCUCGACAUUCAGCACGAAGAGGCCAACGCCACUGACACCUGGCCUUUGUAUUCCUUCGACCCCGACCACGAACUCCCACUUCAACCCUUCGUAACCAUGACUCAGAGCGAAAACAUUGAGACUUCCAAUCUUGAUACCUUCUUGAGUGAUAUCUGGUUGCUUCAGGGAUCAGUAGGUGAUCAGACCCUCGGCGAUUACAUCGAAACGGAAGCAUCCUCGAGUGGAGUUCCCGGACAAUUUGAAGGGUCGAACGAUGCUCUCAAUCAGUUUUGGCGCCCUUCGCUCGACUGGCCAACGGGCUACAAUGAUCCAGAUCAAAAUAUCAGUCUCGGAGAGAUACUUGCAGAUAGCACGCAUCACUCAAAUGAUGCGGUCUGGUCAUCAGAUUUGCUAAACAUUCUCGAUGCUUCCUCUCAAACUAAUACGAAUGCGGCGGCCCAGAUCCCGCAUGGCGCCUUAGCUCAUCAGAAUGGGCCAAAAUUUGACGGAAACAGUGCACAGUCUAUUCUGUCUGUCUCUUCUGGAGCUCCCACCCAGGAAUUGCACCCGCAAAGUGAGCCUUCAUUGGCCGCUCCGAGAGCAGAGAUGUAUCUACCGGUCGCGACGGAGACCCUACUAAUGGGCACUCUUGGUCCAGUUCGGCCAGUGACGCUACCACCACUCCGCAGAGGUGGCAAGAAGGGCCCUCUUUCAGCUCAGGAAAGACAAAACCGCAAACAAGCACGGAGACGAGGGGUUUGCAUAAGGUGUCGCAGACUGAAGCAGAAGUGUUUUGGCGGUCUUCCUUGCGAACCUUGCCUUCAGUUGUCAAAAGCGACCCUCUGGAUCUCUCCAUGUGCUGUUGCAAAUUUCUUCGACAUUGUGAAGCUACAGCCUUACUUCCUGGGCUCCAAAUCUCAGCAGAAAACCGUCGAGAAUCUAGAUAUUGCCACAGUAGUGAAAGCCGGACUUUUAGUGUCUGCCCUCGGUGGUAGCGGAGCAGACGGAAAGAUCCAGGCUCAGACGUUUCCGCCACACAAGACUUACGCUCUGGUAAACUGGGCUGCAGCCGCAAAUAUUCUGACAACUUUGUUGGAAAAAACUACAGAUAACGACGCGCCCAUGUUUGAUCAUCUAUCCCAAGUCGCAGAUGUUCAACCAGAGCCAUCUUCCUGGCAUGAGCAUCCAAUUCUCGUUCCUGUUCCGUCCCAAUACCAGGAGAAGGGGAAAGAUCUGGACAAAUAUUUAUUGUUUUGUGCUUUGCCCCAAUUUGAGUUCAUGUCUUGGAAGAACCCAAUAUCUCAUGUUCCCGAUGAGGAAGCUACAGAUGUUGGUUGUAAAACUCUUCAUAUUCUGACCUGGAUCACCAAACGACGGCUAGAGCAGAAACUGUUUCAGCGUCUGCAAGGCUAUUUGAACAAACUCAACACACUAUCGCCUAGUCAGCUGUCAUUUACGGCAACAUUGAUUCUAAGAGUGAUAACGUUUGGAAAUCAACUUGCCCAUUUGGAAUUCGCAGACGAAUAUGCUGAGCAAAUACCGUCGGCGCAUCUCUCUCAAAGGCAUCAAGUUCGACAAUCACUCUUUUGCUAUUUGAAAAUAGUUAUCGACAAACUCCCAGCCUGGUCUGAUUUCUGGAAAGAGCAAACAGAACACAUAGUUCCUAUCACACCUGAGAUUCUGAGGUUGUCUCUAUCUGACUUAGAGAUCUAUGACAAAAGACUCUUGGGAAUGAGUAGUUGCUUUAAGCAGAGUUUGGAAUGGUAUGAGAACUUUGGAGCCAUAUUUGAAAAAGCAGAAAUUCCCCCCGAGACAGAUGAUAUGCAUCUGGCGCGCAUUUUCAGCAGCUUAGUCGAUGGAUCGUACGUGAGUAGCACCAUCAAGGCUCUUAUCCAAAGGACGGAUCAUUUUCAUCAGACCAAAAUUCGGGAGCCACUUGAGUCUAUUGAGAACGCUAUAGGACAAGGUAUCAGCCCUUCUCAUCUGCCCAUCAUACUUCAUAUCAAGGAAUUAUUGGUUCAAGCUGAGGAAGAGGUUGAAGAUUUGCUGAAGAGCCUGAAAGACGUCCAACAGCGCUUGGAGGGUUUCUCGAGGGCUGAGACGGACAUCACAACAGAAUUCGACUUAAUUGGCUCGAUUUCAGCCCCUUCAAUUCCAGCGGAGGCUGUGAGCCUAUGUUCAGAGGUUCUCAAUGAGAUUUUGGGUUCCGCAGAAGUAGGCACCGACUAG